GGUGAGCGACAGCUGCUCUCGAUAAAUAGUGUUUAAGAAAACAAGAAUUAGAAAAAGAAAUUAGUUUGCAGAAUGACAGAUAGGAAACCGUGUAAAGUGUGUAAUUUCACUCGACAGAAGUCGUAUGGGCUAGUGGUUCCUUCCCUCGAUGAGCUGAAGAUAAAAGGGUGUGAGUCUCUUGGGUUCACUUCCACUGACACGGUCAAAGUGGUCCUAGAAGACGAUGGGACGAUAGUGGAGGACGAUGCCUACUUUUUGUGUUUACCGUUAAACACAAAGUUCAUGCUGCUGCAUGAAAAAGAGACAUGGUCUCCAGUUCGCAGGAUUGAUGGUGGUACUGCCUGGAUGGCAAGGGAGUCUAUGUUGCUUGAGACUGAUGCUGUGGACUCCUCCAGUGCUGUAGGGCCAUGGUGGGACUUGGCUCAGCAGCUGAAACAGGACAUGGCCAGCAUCAUCCUCAUGUCUGAGGCAGACUUACAGACCUUAGUGGAUGUCCCAUGCCAUGAGCUCGCCUCUGCUCUGGGUUUCCAAGUGAAGAAGGCAGAAGACCUCCAGGAGACUUUGCAGAGGGUUUUGGACCGUAGGGAGGAGGAGAGGCAGUCCAAGGAGCUGCUCCAGCUCUACAUCAAAGCUGUGGAGAAAGAGGAUAGGCAGCAAGAAGAGCCAACUCAGCCCAGCGAGGGAGGGGCUGGAGAUGUGGACAUGCUGGACGGGAUAGAGGUGGACUCAGCGUCUGGAUUCAUGUCCAGGACACUGAUGGUCUUGAAAGGCAAAACAAGCCCGGAGACCAGGCUCUCAACUGAAGAUUUGCAGAUGGUAGUGACCAGAGGGGUGGAAUCUAUGGAGCCGGUACUGGGUUGGGACACAGAUAGAACAUCGGCACUGGUUCAAGCCUGCGAAGCCGAGCUGACCAGACGUCUCCAGCAGGUUCAGGCCUUGCAGUCCAUCAGAAGCACCACGCAGCCAGACAGCACCCAGCAGUCCAGUGAAAAAAGUGCAGAGGAGGAGGGAGAAGAAACGCCAGCCCAAGGCCGGUGCAACUAGGCCGAGGCUUCACCCGAGCAGAGACUGAUAAGAAUUCACACCGCCUGCCUCAGGGUCAGUAAAAUAUGAUUCACCCUGUGUGACCAAUAACAUCCAUGAUUAUGCAGCGCGUGAAUGUUGAUUAUGUUGACAUUUGCAUCAUCUUUGCAUCAACUUGCAAACCACUUGAAUACUUUUGCCCCAAGAGGAGGCACAGUGAUUUGCACAAGUCAUGUUUAUCAAAGACAUUUCACUUUAACCACUGGAAACAACUUUCUACUGGCUUCUUAUUUUGAUGAGUGUCACGCUGUGAAAAUAACCCCAGAUAAACAAAUGCAUGUGAAAUGUAAGGUUUUUGGUAUUGGUGAAGGUAUUAUUUUCAUACUGUUUGUUCCCCCCUUAAACACUGCCAAUUAAAACAGAUUUUAUGCACUCCAUUUUAUUUUACAA